AUAUAAAGUCAAGAUCAACUUGGAAUAAGUACAGUUUCUAGUUUUCAAGUCUAGUAGUUUUUUAUUUCAAGUAGAAAAAAAAAAUAAUAAUUCAUCAUGAAAAUGAUAAUUGCACUCGUCGUCCUUGUGGCCGUAGCAGCAGCUGCUCCCGUAGAAGAGGUCGUCGUCGUUAAGUCUCAAGAGAACAACAACAUUGGAGUAGAUGGAUACCAGUACAGCUACGAAUUAUCUAACGGCCAAAACGUCCAAGAAUCUGGUGAAUUGAGAAACGUUCCCGGAGAAGACUCUCCUGUAAUCGUAGUCAGAGGAAGUUUCAGCUACAGCGACCCCAUCACCGGCAAACAAUACACAGUCACCUAUGUCGCCGACGAGAAUGGAUUCCAACCAUCUGGUGAACAUAUUCCUGCUUGAAUUUCCUACUUUACGGUCUUUGUUCUCUUUUAUUUUGUGCCAAUUUAUUGAUUUAUUUUAUGUUCAAUAAAUACUUCCGUUGAUUUUAA